AUGGUUGAGCUGCAUAGCAAAAAUUUUGGAACAGUGACAGAUGACUGCUCAUGUGAACCUAGCAAUACGACUCCCAAACCAUACACUGGUAUUCCUACUACAUCACUGCCUCCAGAGUGCUACAGCCCGCCCGGAGAUUCGUGUGAUUGGUACCGAAACUGCUUGGAAAAGAAGUACCCAUGUGAAGAUACCAGCAAUGCGUACGCUAUCAAAUACGCUGAGAAGUUUUGUCGAUUAUAUGAUGACCGAUAUUCCAUAUUCAGUUCGGAGGGACGGACAUGGGUGGAUGCUGUUCGUAAGUGUCUUCAAGUGUCCUUAGUACCUAUACUGCGACCCUGGUAUAAGCUGUCGUGUAAAGACAUACGACAGAGGGCUUUUGCUUCACACACUCCAUGCUACCUAAAUCCAGAUAAAGACGCACCAUCCAUCUGUGAUCUGGGCUACAAAGAUUUCCUUCAGAUCUUCCUGACAAUUAAAAGGUCUUUCAUUCAGCUGGACACUUUGUGGGAAUCAUUGAAAGGAAUGUGGAACGUAGGAACCGGAUGUGCCGCUUCCUAUGUCAAAGAGGCACUCACAAAGGCAGUGAUCAAAAUCAGCAAAAUUCAGGUUGUGAAGAACCUCCUAAAUCGGGAUAAGCGAUCGUUGUCCGACCCUCUUCCAGAAGCUGAUGCUCGAAGUCGCUUCGCAGAUCAAGUAGGUUCCGCUAUCGCGAAAGCCUUGAAGUGGAAUACUGAUGUGAUGGACUGGCUGGCCUACCCUGAGAAUGUCACACAUGCCGACGAUCCAGAUAUUUCGAAUAUCAUCAUCGUGUUAGCCGACAUAAAAGCCCUGGGCAUCGUGAGCACCUUUAUGCCGGACAUCAACUUCAACCAGACUAUCGAAGAAUUUGCGUCAGCUGUUGCAAAAGGAACUCUUCCUUUGCAGGUAGAUGGGCACAAUGUGUGGGUAAAAUCCUUGGCUUCUUGUUCCGACAAAUCCUGUAACAGCACCCAGGUACUGGCGGUUUCAGACAAACCUCCCAAAUGGAACAAGAAUUCUGCUCAUUUCGCCUUUUGUAACCUCGGGCUGUAUGGAUUCACAGCGACACUGGUCAUUUUUCUGAAUAAACUGUUCUUUUAG